AUGUCUUCAAAGCUGCCUCUUCAUCCUAUGUAUGAGGAAUAUAGAGAUUCCCCUUGGGUCUUUUUCUUGACGGAUCGUGUGGUUUCUGUAUUGAGUUUUGUAGAGAAAUCGCUCCGAAGCAUCCCACUCUUCGGUAGGCUUUAUGCACUCAUUUCUCCAACAACUCGUGUUGCUCCAAUGACUGCCAAGACAAAUCCACCACCUCGACCAGGAAAGAUGAUGCCGGUUACAGCCAAAGAAAAAUAUGAACCAAACUCAAAUGUUCCUCGUAAGAAUGAUUGGAAAGUCGUUAAUAAUUACGGAAUGGAUGUGAAUGAAUAUUAUGAAAUGAAUUGUAGUGGUGCUAGCCAUUAG